GGUCAAUGUUUGUGUACGGACCUUGAGUCAAUUUCCCUUUCAACUUGUCCACUGAUAAAUGCAAACAUGUUUGAUUUCAAUAUAAAGAGCCUUCAUUGAUCAUAUUCUGGGAACUAGUGGGAAGUGAAUAAACAUAAUGGAUGCAGUGACAGACACAGUGGCAAUCUCAUGUGCUAUCGCAGUUGUACUAUGCGCAUGGCAGUUGGUAAACAUUUUGUGGGUGAGACCAAAAAAGCUGGAAAAGCACCUGCGGAAUCAAGGUUUCAAUGGAAACAAAUACAGAUUUUUGUAUGGGGACAUGAAAGAGUUUUCUUUGAUGGUCAAAGAAUCCAAAUCUAAGCCUUUAAGUCUGGAUGACGAUGAUGGAGCUCUAUUACGCGUUGUGCCAUUCACCCAUCACUGUUUGCAAAAAUAUGGUAAAAAUUUCAUCACAUGGAUGGGCUGGAAACCAAGAGUGAUUAUUAUGGACCCUGAUCUCAUCAAAGAUGUAUUUGUAAAGUUAAAUGACUUUCAUAAGCUGGAACCUUCUCCAAUGACAAAGUUUAUAGCAACAGGAUUAGUGACAUACGAAGGGAACCAAUGGGCUAAACAUAGGAAAUUAAUCAACCCAGCCUUCCAUAUGGAGAAGCUAAAGAAUAUGGUACCAGCUUUCCAGUUAAGUGGUAGCCAAAUGCUUGGGAAGUGGGAGAAGUUGGUUUCAUCAAAGGGGUCAUGUGAGCUCGAUAUUUGGCCUGACCUUCAAGCUUUAACAAGUGAUGUGAUAUCAAGAACAGCAUUUGGAAGUAAUUAUGAAGAAGGUCUUCAGAUAUUUGAACUCAUAAGAGAACAAAGUGUACUUGUACAGGAGGCAGUGAUGUCAGUUUACAUUCCUGGAUCUAGGUUUUUUCCAACCAAGAGGAACAGAAGGAUGAAUUCUAUAGACAGAAAAGUAAAACAUUCUAUAAGAGGUAUCAUAAACAACAAGCUCAAGGCAAUGGAGGCUGGAGAAGGUAACAAUAGUGAUUUGUUGGGAAUAAUGCUUGAAUCUAAUAUCAGAGAGGUUAAUGAACACCAAAACAAGAAUCAUGGAAUGACUAUUGAUGAAGUUAUUGAAGAGUGUAAGCUUUUUUACUUUGCUGGACAAGAGACAACAUCGGGCUUGCUUGUAUGGACAAUGAUUUUAUUAAGUAAGCAUCAAGAAUGGCAGUCACGUGCGAGGGAAGAGGUUUUGAAUGUUCUUGGGGACAAAAAUGUGGAUUUAGAACGGCUAAAUCACCUAAAAGUUGUAAAUAUGAUUUUCCAUGAAGUAUUGAGGCUAUAUCCACCAAUCGUUGGGCUAUUUCGUAGAGUUGACAAAGACAUCACACUGGGAGGAUUUUCACUACCAUCUGGAACUCAUAUUGAAUUACCCAUCAUGAAUAUUCACUACGAUGAGAAAAUGUGGGGUGCUGAUGCCAAGAAAUUUAAUCCAGAUAGAUUUUCUGAAGGAAUCUCAAAGGCAACAAAAAACCAAGUCAUUUACCUUCCCUUUGGUUGGGGACCUCGAAUAUGUGUUGGACAAAACUUUGCUUUGAUUGAAGCUAAAAUUGCCCUCGCCAUGAUCUUACAGAGGUUCUCUUUCGAGCUUUCACCAUCAUAUAUCCAUGCUCCUCAUAAGCUUCUCACCCUUCAACCCCAGUAUGGUGCGCAUUUGAUUAUGCAUAAACUGUAGCAUUCUUUCCAUUAUUUUGGCUUGAAUAUUGUUAUUUUGUUUGCAUGCAUGCCUAUAUUGUAUUAUUCAAAUAAUUUUGUAUGGAGGGGCACGAUAUUUGCAAUAUAUAUUUUAUGUUAUAGCAAUUAUGGUUGC